UAUGGUGCGUAGGUUGAUGUUAAUGGUGAUAUUCUUCUAUUUAAGUUACAAGAGCGUUACAUCAUUUCCUUGAUAUUUGAACCUAGAACUUUCAAGGUUCGGGUAUCAGCGGAUUUCAAAAGAGAGCGCUCCGAUUUUGGAGAUCAAACCGGCAUGUCUUCGAAGAGUCAACGCUAUUAAUCCGACCUGGGAAAGUAAACUUGUUUGGGUUUCGAAAAUUGCGCGCCCGAUCGACGAACCUUUUGUACAAACCGUCACCAGGGAAGCCGAAGAUGUCGUCACGAUUCUUCUGAAACAGGAUUAAAGUUCUGGAACAAAGAGAAAUAAGCCGCGAACUGAAGUUGCCAACAAGCUUACAGUUGUUGUUUACAUUUCAGCUGGGAAAAUAACAAGGUGUUGCAUUUUGGAUCGAAGUUUCUUAGUGACAAUUGUGUCUCAAAAUGGAUGACAGCGACAGUGGAGGACUAAUGUCCACUGAGGAGGAGCAAUCUGGCGAGUCUUCUGGGUCUACAGGACAGCGACACAUGGAGAAAAAGAUUUCAAAAUUAAAAUUGAAACUAAAAGGAUUUGAAAAGGUGGUUGAGGAAAGGGACACGUUAAGACAAGAAGUGCAAGCACUUGAACGUCAAAUUGAAGAGCUGAAUACUGAACACGCGCAGGAGCUAGUGGUGUUGUCCACAAGCUUUUCGGAGCAUUUGAAUCAAUCAUCAGCCUCCAAAGACCCUGAGAGCCCUUCUAAGUUGAAAGCGGAAUACGAGAAAGAGAUGCACAAGUUACAGUCCACUAUUGAGGACAAAAACUAUCACAUCGGUAACCUGCAGAAGAAGCUUGUCGAAGCACAAAUGGAGCUAGAAAAGGAACUUGACAAACACGAAGAAGAGACGGAAAGUCUUCGGGUUCGUUUAAAGAAUGGGGAGACUGAUUUUGAGAAACUUAUCGAGGAGCGCCUCGACGAGGUCAGAGGGCAGUACGAGAAGGAACUUGAGGAAUUACGAGCAAGGAUAGAAAGAAAUGAAGAGAGUACAGGUGGAGAGUGUAGCGAAGACUCGAACAGCAGCGAAUCUGGUCGUAAACACUUAAAAGAGAUCGCAGAAUUGAAGACAAAGCUGCAAAAACGGGAAAACGACACAGAAAGUCUCAUUGAAGAGGAGCGGACGAAGUAUCGCGUUGAAAUUAUGGCGGUGAAAGAUCGCCUUACGCAUCAACAUCAAGUAGAAAUGGACGACAUGAUAUCGCAGCUCGAAAAAUCUAACGCGGAAGUAGAAGAACUGAAAGAAAAGAUACGCCGAGAAAAACUUAAUGACGCAGAAAGGAACAACAACGGUGCUAGCGCAAAUGGUGGAGUGUUUAACGGUGAAGUGGAAGAACACCGUGAGGAAGAUGCUUCCGCGAAUGUGAAGUCAGUCAUUGACCUGAGUCAAAAUGGAGAGAGUGACACUUCCGGAAUGGAAGCUCUUCGAACUGAGCUUCACGCCCAUUAUCAACAAGAGAUCGAACAAGUUGCUAAGAAACUAAGCGAGGAGUACCAAGGUGAACUGGAUGACAGUCUCGCUAAAAUGGAAGAGGACUGGGAACAACAACUGGAGCGGCAAAAGGGCGAAUAUGAGGAGAAGAUUGCAGCUUUGCAACGUCAGUUGAAGAGCCAAUACCAAAACGAUCUUGACCAAAUGACAGCGGACAUGGAGGACCAGAUUCAAGCCCUAAGGGACAGUCAUUCUCAAGAGGUUGCCGAGCUCUUGGGAAAAUUAAGAGAGCUAUCUGAAGAGCGUCGAAGAUCUGUCAUCCAACAAGACACCACGGAACAGCAAGUUGUGAUAAUCAAGGAGGAGUGUCGGUCUAAAGUGGAGAGCUUAGAACAAGAGUUACGCACCGAGAAGGAAAAAGUUAUCGAAUAUCAGCGUCAAAUGGAUGCGGUAGAGGCGCAAGUGCAGGCGUUUAGGACCGAAAAGCAGGAGGAAUUAAAAAUGAUAGAGGAGGAAAUGCGACGACAAUGUAAGGCUUUAGUGGAAAAAAAGUCUAACGAGCUAAAGGAGAGAUACCAAAGUGAACUGAACGAGAAGUUGAACAAAUGUGAACAACAUUGGAGAAGGUUGUACGAGGAAGACAUUGGAAAGACGAGAUGUGAGCUGGAGGAGAGUAAUAAGACUCUAAAGGAUAAAUACGAACGACAAGUAUCGGAUAUUAUGGUUCAAAUGGAUGAAGUGCAACAAAGGACUAGAGAAGUUCUUAUGCAAGAGAAGAUGCAGUUUGAAGCAGAGCAGAAAGAACAGUUCGAGAGACAGCUUUCCGAAGUAAAAGAGGAACUGCAGCCGUACAAAGAUAAGUGUAUGGAAUUGGAAAAAGAAAAUAAGUCGCUUUCUGAAAAGUAUGAACGCGAUCUGUCAGAGUUGCAGAGUAAGAUGAACGAGGUGGAAGGACGCUACAAGGAUGAUAAAGGAAUCGAGGGACAGUACUUGGUCACCCUUAAAAGUGAACUUGAGCUAUACAAGAACAAGCUGCAGGAAUUACAGGAUGGUAAGAAGUCCUUGAUGGAAAACUACGAAGCCCAACUGGCUAAUAUGAAGAAAACGUACGAGGAGAUGGAAGAUGGGGAAAUAAAAACUCUCCAAGAGGAAGUUAACAUUUACAUUAAAAAAGCUGAAAGUCUCGAAGAGGAGAAAAAAACGUUUUUGGAAAAGUAUGAAACUGAAGUGAACGAGUUGAAGACUACCAUACGGACAGUCACAGCCGAGCUAGAGUCGACGAAAGGCAAAAUGGAGAAUCUCGAGAACGAGAGAGAGAAACUGAACAGCAAUGUUUCGGAACUUACACUGCGUCUGGAAUCUGCGAAGAAUGAGAACCCCGAGCUUGAGCAGAAAAAGCAAGGAAUGGAUAGUAAAUUGAUCGAGGAGCUGGAAGGCAAAAUCGCAGGUCUAGAAAAAGAGCUGGAGGAUUCUCGACACAUAUAUUACGAGUUGCAGGAGGCCAAGAGAGCAUCGGACAACAAAUACAAUGAGGAACUCGAGAGCUUGAAAUCCAAAUUGGAAGGAGAGAUGAACUCAGCCAACAGUCGCGAUGAACAGCUGCAAAGUCUGACAAAAACGAAAGAAAGCUUAGAAGAAAAAGUAAAUCAGUUACAAACAGAACUUGAACAGCUUAAGACUGAACAAUUAGAUCAAGAAUGUGCUAACAGAAAAGCCAGAGACAACGACGCGCAAGAAAUCUCGGCGUUACAGAAGAAAUUGUUCGAGAGCCAGGAACUGUUUGAAAAGGAAAAACAGAGUUUAGAAGAACGCUUGCAGCAAGUCAAGAAAGAGCUAGAUGAUUCAGAAGGAAAGUUUCAACGUCUCGAAGAAACCAAGAAAAUCUAUGAUGAUCAACAUGCAACUGAUGUGGAGAGCCUGAUGUCGGAAUUAAACGUCUUGCGAAAUCUUAGCGCCGAAGUAGAGCAACUACGAAAGAUGGAAAAGGAGAAGGAAACCUACGAACGGGAAGUAUCAAAACUUACCGAGGAGAUCGAGAGAUUAAAAACUAGGAUUCAAGAACUUGAAGAAAUAAAUUCCAAUUCUUCAGAAGAGAUUACAGCCCUUCAAAAAGAAGUUGAAAUACUAUAUGGUUCCCAAGGGACCGAAUUUCUUGACUUUGAAGAGGAGAAGCAAAAGUAUCAAGAAGAACUGGAAGGUCUUAAGGCACUAACAGAGGAACAAAAACGGAUAAUACAAGAACUUGAAGACGAAGGAAGUAACAAAUUUGGAGUUCUUUUGAGUCAGCACGAGAAAGAGCUGGAAAAUUUGAAAGCGGAACUCGAAGAACAGAUUGCUAGGAAAAGAGAGCAGCUGUCUAGAGAAUCGUCUGCGAAGAGACAAAAACUUAAAGAUGAAUAUGAAGGAAAACUCAGAGUGUUGUACGAAGACCUUGUUGCGGAGAAAACCAGAAUAAAGGACCUAAUGAAAUUUAACGAAGACCUCGGCAGAAAGCUCAGCUCUUCGCAAGAAGAAUGUGAUGUGCUAACGGAGGAAAUUGAACGACUGAAGGAAAUGGAAGACAAGUUUAUCAACAUGGAAGAGGAAUUAGCCAAGGCGGCUAAACUUGAAGAGAAAGUGAAAGAAUACGAAAGGAAAGUCAGCGACCUUGAAGAAAUGAUAUCAAAUGCUAAAAAUAGAGAAGAGGUGAAAAGUCAAACGAACGAUGAAGAAAACGAGAAGGAACGGGAACAGUCUGUGAGAGAGUAUAAAGAGAAGGUUGAGUCCUUAGAGACGGAACUCAGCGGUACAAAACGGGAAGUCACCAGGUUGCAGGAAGAACUUCACAAGGUAGGAGAGAAGAGUGAACUCGACAUCAAGAAAGUGGUUGAAACGCACGAGGAAAAGAUAAAGAAUUUCAACGAUGAAGUCCAAAAUUUAUUGGCACGUAUCGAGGAAAGUGAAAAGGAACAUCAACAAAGUCUCCUAACUUUGGAGACAGAAAAAGAGUCCCUGAAAAAGCAAUUAGAGGACGCCUUUGGCGAGAGGGAAAAGUUACAAAUAACGGUUAAAAACCUCGAUGCUGCAAAACAAGCCGUCGUGCACAUGUACGACGAGAAAAUCGAAGUUCUGGUUAGCGACUUGGAGGAAGCAUCUGAGAGGGUUAGCAGCGCGGAGGAAAACUUGAAAGCGACAACCCAACAAUUUGCUGCCAAGGAAGCGAAAAUGGAGAAUGAUUUGAUAAACCUUCGUGAUGAAAAUAAACGACUCAAGGAACAACAUGGUUUGUCAAUUCAAAGUCUUGAAAGUACGCUUAGUACUGAGGCGGAAUCAAGAGACGCCUUGCAACAGAGAGUUGCCGACUUGUUAGAACAACUUGGUAGCGAAAGGGCGAAUUUGGAAGGAAAGCUGGACGAAGUUUGCGCCGAUAGGAAAAGACUUGUAGAAGCUUUUGAAGAGAAGAAAAAACUGUUGGAGGAUGAGCUGAUAUAUGAAAAGAAUGAAAAAGCAGCUACACUGAAAGCUUUGGAGGAAAACAAAGAAGAAGUGAACAAACAUAUUACCAAGGUACAAGAGUUAGACAGCACUGUGUUGGAAAAAGAAAGCACAAUAGCGGCUCACGAAGAGACGAUAAAGGAGGUUGGCCAUGAGCUCGGUAUAGAAAAAGACAAGGUAUCUAGAUUAGAGAAGGAGAUGCAACUGCUUAUGGAAAACCAGAGCUCGGAGUACGUACACAGUCUAGAACGUAUAAAGAACGACCUGAAACAGGAAUACGACGAAACUACGGAGCAACUGAAGAAAAAUUAUGAAAACAUUUUCGCCAAAAUGGAGGAUGAACACCGGAUAAGCCGCGAGGAGAUUGAGGCAGAGGUAGCGUCCUUGAAAGGUAUGGUAGAAAAUCUGGAGCAGUUGAAUCAACUGAAGGACGAGGAACAUGAAGUUCUAAUGACAGAGCAGGCGAGCAAACAUGAAGCCCUGGUCACUAAUUUAGAAACAAGUUACGAGAAAGAAAAACAUGACUUGGUAGAGAAAGUUGACACUAAGGAAAAGGAGCUGGAGGAGAUCAAAAGCGAAACGAACUCCCUCGUGGAGAAACACAAGGUUGAUUUGAUUGAAUUAGAGUCCAAGUUGUCAGAGCAGUAUCAAACGCAAUUAAAAAAUGUCAAAGAUGACAUUCAAGAGGUGCAAAAAGAGAAGGAACAACUCAAGGAGGAGUAUGAAAAGGAGAUAGAAACACUUAAAGAUCAACUUAUUUUUGAAAGCGCUUUCCAAGCCGAUCUUCAAACCCAGCAUGACAAAGAAAUGGUUUCUCAGAAAGAAGCUUUGGAAAGUGAGCACAAGAAGCAAAUUGAGCUCAUAAAUGAGACUCUGCAGGAAAGAAUUCGGCAACUGGAAACGGCAAAAACUGAGCGUGAAACGGAGAUCGAGGAAUUGAAAUUUAAAUUGGAAGAAUCACAAGUAGAGUUGAGUACCUUUAACGGUCAGCACGAAGCAGAGUUUGGACGUCUCCAAGCACAAUUACUGGACAAAACUCAGGAAUGUGAGAGGUUGAAAGAACAAAUGGGUGUUGAAGUGGUUCAGCUGUCAUCUCGAGUAGAACAAUUGUCUGCCGAAAGGGAGCCUCCCGAAGAAAACGAAGAUACAGAAAGCAUGAAGCUUGGUUACGAGGUAAUAUUAGCGUCUUUAAGAGUUGAAAACCACGAUCUCAGUGAUCAAGUUCAAAGUCUCAAGGAAGAGAUGCAGAGUGCUGUAAACGCUCAUCAACAAGAAAUUGACUUCACGAAAAGCGAGUUGGAACGACAAUUUAAACAACGGGAAGACCAAAUCAAUAAUAAACACUCUGUAGAACUAAAAAAGCUCAUGGAAAAACUACAAGACUUAGUACAAGAACAGAACGCGUCCAAAACACGCACUGAAGAGCACAUGCAAGAUUUAGGAACAUUACGAGCCGAGUUUGAUCACAAGUUUCAACGUCUCUUGCGGGAGAAACAAGACGAGAUGGAAGAACAAAGAAACGCCCUUCGCCAACAGUACCAUUCAAAAAUUGUUGAAAGCGAAGAACUACUGAAGAAGAAAGACUUGGAGGUCAAGGGUCUUCAGAGGGACUUAAAGACGCUUCUCGAUCGUAUCGAUACAUGUAAAGAAGAGGCACUCGGGUGUCAAAAGGAUCUAAGUAAGGCAACCGAAGACCUGAAAAAGCUCCGACGAGAAAACUCCGAACUAUACCAAAAACUUCGAGAACAAAUCGCAAAGUCCCGAGGAACUUCGUUUGGCGGCGGUCAGAAAACACUAGAAAAGCUGCAACUUGAAAAUGAAAGACUAAAACGUGAAAAUGAAAAUCUGAAGAAACUAAUGAACACUUCACCUUAUGUAAUGAACGGACUUGGAGAGUCGACAGUAUUUAGUGAAGGAUCUCAUGUGCUACAACUCAUUAAACUCAUGGAGCAGUUGAUGAAGGAGAAAAACACUCUGGAAUUGAAACUGCGACAGGAAAUCUUAGAUUUGAAAACGAAGUUCGGAGUGCUUGGCGAUACAAGCAAGGCCUCCGUAAACAACAGCAGUGUAAUGUCGGUGUCAUUAUCGCCUGAAAAGCACCUCAGCAGAGACGGCCUGGUGGAAAUGCUUCACGAACUUAGGGAGAACAAAGUGAAACAAGAGGAGGAUAUCAAAAACCAUGCUCAAGAGACCGAGACCAUGAUAAGCGAAAUCAAGAAAAUGCUGGACUCCACUGAAUUUACAGAUCUUAGGCUACAGGAAAUGCUGCAAAGCCAACUGACGCACCUGGAGGAGCAAAGGAGAGUCCUGGUACAAAGGCUUUGGCAGCUCAGAGAAAAGCACCGAGCGGUGGAAGAAAAGCUAUCUAGACAAUUAGCGGGAAUUAGUCCUCAAAAUAGCAGUAAUAACUCAGACAGUGCGAGAUCAAAGUGUUAUGAGAGUAUCAUCGAGGAGAAUAUCAGACGUGAAAAGGAGCUCUUAGCGCUAAAGCGUCAACAAGUGGAAGACCUUAACGCGAGGAUUACGCGUGAAAAGCAAGCGUUGGAGAGGCAUUCUAAAGAAAAGCAAAUAUUAGAAAAGGAGAUGAAAGAGAAAGAGCAGCUUGAGAGCGAGUUGUCCAAUCAAAGGCGAGAUCUGGAGAGGAAAUGGAUGGGACGGCUAAAAGAGAAGGAGAUCCAAUUGAACAGAGAAAGAGAAAUUUUAGACGAAAAUAGGAGACGUGAUGAAGUUGAAAAUAUUCUGCUCCGUCAACCUUCCCUUAGAACUACCAGUAGAGCAGUAGGUGUAGCCGAUUCAAGACCACGUGUUAAUUUUCCUCUGGCAAGCCACCUACCAGCAGAUGAAGUGAGAUCACAUGGGUGGACCUCUAGCUCAUCGACUUUCAACCAAAGGGCUGAUUAUUCCUCACGCGGUGAAAAGCAACCAAACGAUCGAACGGCGACUUCAGACACUCGUGAGCCUUUGCAUUAUGGGAAAUCCAAACGUUCAUUUUCCAAGAAACGGGAGCAAACUGGAAGUAGCCGCAUGGAAGUCCACAUCCCAAAGCUGGAACUUUCGGAUGAUUCAGACGCUGAUCUUGGUAUCGCAAAAGACUCGAAUUCGUGGGAUAUCGAAUUGGAAGAUGACGAUUCUGAUCUUGAACUUUACAGCGUGCAGUCCGUAGAAGGCUUAGAAAACCUUGAGGAGGAUUGGGGGCGAAGACUUGAAGAAGAAUUAAGACAGAUAUCGGCAAGUGGUGCAGCACUGCAGGCAGGUGAUGCUACAGAUGCGCAAAAGUUUCCACCAAAACAACCAGCAGGAGGAGCGUACCAAGAAGAAAUAAAGAAGAGUAAUCUCACUUCGAUGGAUAACACGCCGUCGUCACUUUACAGUUCAAAUGUCGACUUGGAUACUAGUUGGCUUCGGAAACUUAGCUACGAAUACACGCAUCCACGCGCUUAUCAUCCGCGUGCUAAUCAUCCACGUACUUCAACAGCCAAUGGAACGCAUGAAAGGUCAGCGGAUCCCUUCAGUCUUAUUGAUGUGUCACGUAUAACGACCGAACUCGCUUCUGCACCUAACGACGCAACUUUGCGUCGUAUUUCACAAGAACAAGGCCUCGCCCAUAAAAAACGUACUUACGGCAGUAUUAGCGGGGGUUCUAGUAUCUCACAGUACGUCGCGGAAUCCUCGUUUCCUUUGCACCGAAACCCAUCCAAAGAGAGUGGAAUCGAUUCUCCUAGCUCGGUCCGUUCGGAACCAGUAGUUUCGGCAUCUCGUCGUCGUUCGCUUCGUAGUGAACGUGCUUCGGGAGUGUAUCUUCUGAACGUUGAUGAGUACGUGGACCGUCAUCUGGUGAGGUCGUCUGAAGAGGUUGCCAAAAUACGCACUUUAUCUCCCUCUGAGAAGCGUUUCGAUUUGUAACAUUUGUAUUUGUCUGGCGUCUAGCUUAUUGUACCUAACACGGAUUGUUACAGUUGCUUGAUGAGACGUCGAGCCCUUGAAAGAUAUCACUAGUACUUUACCUGUACGCCACGUGUACAUAUCUUGUAACAUUGACGGAUUAUCGACAAUAUACAACUGAUAAUAUUCUAAGACUUAUCGCCGUACAAAACUGUUUAAAUUUUAUAUUGCGUAUUUAUCUCGCGUGCUGCGCUAAUAGCCAAAAAAUGGCGGUUUUUAUUACUAAGAAGUAAUUUCCUCGGUUAGACUUUACUUGAGCUCGAAUACAUCAUAGCAUAUCACGUAAGUCUUCUACUGAACACAUUUCUCAGAAGAGACCAUUGACAUUCCUACCUGGCCACAUUUCUUUCUGAGAAGAGGGCGAAAGUAUAUUUAUCAACCUACAAGGAAGACUUAAGUACCGGAAAACUUUUACGAUGAAAAUGAUUGCUAGUUGUAAUGAUUUUGUUAGGAAUUUAAAUUUGGCGUUACCUUGAAAAACGAUCGCCGAGUUCUGUUGCAAACCAGAUUUUUGCUAGUUAUCCCUUUUUAUUUUUAAAAAAAUAUUUUUAGAGAAAAGUAAUAAUCUAAUUAAGAGCUUUAUUGUCAAAGUUAUCAGAUGCAUAAAUAAAUGACGUUUUAUUUUCUUAAAGGUGUUUACAGAGGUGGGGUAACCUCUAUGAGCUAAGAAGAGGUUUGAGAGGGUAACACCUAUAGCAAAUAUGUCUGAGCAAAAACUAGAAACCAAAUGACGCAUUUGAUAUUUGAUGCUAUCUCCUCCAAUAUUUGUGACAAAGAGCCCUCCUGAAGCACAACAGAACAUUAACCCUUUACACCUUGACAUUAGCAUUCAUAUUCUCCAUACUGUUCUCUGUACAUUUACUAAGGUGUUGACAAGGAGAAUUUGUCUAAUAAUCAAGAGUGUCUUUAGUUGGUGAUCAUUUCCUUUAUUCUCAUGUCAUUAAUGUGUGAUUCAGUGCUGGUGUUGUAAGGAGAAUUUAGAUGCUAGUCAUUCUUCGGGGUUAAAGGGUUAACUAACAGAAAGUCUACCGCAAUAUACUUCAGAUUCUCAGGUUGGAGUUCAACGCUAUCCUUGUUGUAAUUUAUUUUCCCAUUAGUAAAACGUAUUACCAUACAAAACAAUACCAACUGAAAAAAAAAAAAAAAAAGUUUUAUCCUGACAAGAAACCGUGAA